AUGUCAUCGAAUCCGAACCAAGACGCGAAGACUCCGCUCCGACGAGAACGAGCCCCCACCAUCACGAUAGAUACAUCCGCUGUGACGUCCACCCCGGAUCCGUCACAACCUACCCUACAAGUCUCGACCGAGCCUGUUGAUGCGAGCGAUACUAGCGCUCUGUUACAUAACGGCACUCCGUCGCCGACGGAUCUGCGUUCAUCGGCCUCGAUUCGCUCAUCAGCUUCGUCGGAGGGCCGGGACCAUGAGAGUAGGCCGACGUCGCCACACAACGUAUCGUCUCCCACGUCGAAACUGACCGAGUCGAUGUCCAAUUCCAAUUUCCUUUCAGUUCCUGGCACGAGGUCUCGUGGGAAUUCACUUGAAUCUGAAGACUCUGGCCAGACUGCCAGCACCUAUGGGGGAGAAACGUAUGUUAGCCCGCCAUCGCAAGGAGCCCGUCCGGAAAAUGGGAAUAAGAACGGCAACAACGAUAAAAUUCUCAGUGAUGAGGAGGCUCUCAAGCCGGACCCUGGUCGCGAGGCCGAGUUCCAGGUGGAUGAUAACAGAUUCGCCUUCUCCCCUGGUCAGCUGAAUAAACUCCUGAAUCCCAAGAGCCUCGGCGCGUUCCACGCGCUGGGUGGAUUGCAAGGAUUGGAAAAGGGGUUACGUACGAACCUGCGCAGCGGCCUGAGUGUGGAUGAAACUACCCUGGAGGGAACCGUGAGCUUCGAAGAGGUUGCAUCCUCGGGUGCUCAGAACACCGUUCCCAAGUCUGAUUCUGAACCUCCGAAUCAGGGGCCACCAGCCAGAUCUAACACAGCGCCUGCGAAGCGACAAGACGACGCGUUUUCGGACCGGAAGAGAGUAUACGGCCUCAAUAAACUUCCCGAGAAGAAGCCUAAGAGUAUUCUGGAACUUGCGUGGAUUGCAUACAACGACAAGGUCUUGAUUCUGCUGACCAUUGCCGCCGUUAUUUCGCUUGCCCUCGGUAUUUACCAGUCCGUCACAGCCACAGAUGGGGAGGCUCGGGUCCAAUGGGUAGAAGGUGUUGCCAUUAUUGUCGCUAUCGUGAUCGUGGUAGUCGUCGGUGCUGCCAACGAUUGGCAAAAGGAGCGCCAAUUCGUGAAGUUGAAUAAGAAGAAGGAGGACAGACACGUCAAGGUCAUCCGUUCCGGCAAGACAGUGGAGAUUUCAAUCCAUGAUGUACUGGUUGGUGACGUGAUGCAUCUCGAACCCGGAGACCUCGUCCCAGUCGACGGUGUCUUCAUCACUGGUCACAAUGUCAAGUGCGACGAAUCCUCCGCCACAGGCGAAUCCGAUGUUUUGCGCAAGGCGCCCGGCAGCGACGUCUACCAGGCGAUCGAACGCCAUGAGAACCUCAAGAAGCUUGAUCCGUUCAUUGUUUCCGGUGCCAAGGUGUCCGAAGGUGUGGGAACGUUCUUGGUCACUGCUGUCGGUGUUAACUCAACAUAUGGUAAGACAUUGAUGUCCCUGCAAGACGAGGGCCAGACGACACCGCUGCAGUCGAAGUUGAACGUGCUUGCGGAGUAUAUCGCCAAACUUGGUCUGGCAGCCGGUCUGCUGCUGUUCGUAGUGCUGUUCAUCAAGUUCUUAGCCCAAUUGAAGGAUAUGCAUGGUGCCGACGCCAAAGGUCAGGCCUUCCUGCAGAUCUUCAUCGUUGCAGUCACCAUCAUCGUCGUUGCCGUUCCCGAAGGAUUGCCUCUCGCUGUCACACUUGCGCUCGCGUUCGCUACGACGCGAAUGUUGAAGGACAAUAACUUGGUGCGUUUGUUGAGGGCUUGCGAAACCAUGGGCAAUGCAACUACCAUCUGCUCGGACAAGACCGGUACGCUCACGGAAAAUAAAAUGACUGCCGUUGCCGCUACGCUGGGGACUUCCACGAAGUUUGGAGACAAGUCCGCUGGAGUGUCUGCCAGCCAGGCCAAUGGAGACCAUAAUGCCACCGACUCAUCUGGCAGUAUGUCGCCAUCUGAGUUUGCAUCAAGGCUCGCGGCGCCGGUGAAGGCGCUUCUACUUGAUUCGAUCGUUCUUAAUUCCACUGCAUUCGAAGGAGAGCAGGAUGGAACAAUGACAUUCAUUGGAUCCAAGACCGAGACGGCCCUCCUCAGUUUCGCGCGAACUUACCUGGGUAUGGGCUCGAUUAGCGAGGCGCGAUCGAAUGCCGAAAUCGCUCAGAUGGUUCCGUUCGACUCAGGGCGUAAAUGUAUGGCCGUGGUCAUCAAGCUUGAGAAUGGGAAGUACCGGAUGCUGGUCAAAGGCGCGUCCGAAAUCUUACUUUCGAAAUCUACACGCAUCAUUCGUGAUCCUACCACAGAGGUAUCCGAUACGUCUCUUUCGGAAAAAGACCGGUCUGCCUUGGAGAACGUCAUUACGCACUACGCUACCCAGUCGCUCCGGACCAUUGGCCUGGUGUAUCGUGAUUUUGACCAGUGGCCCCCUCGUGGAGCACCUACCUCAGAGGAAGACCGUUCGCUGGCCCAGUUCGACCCCUUGUUCAAGGACAUGGUACUGUUGGGUAUUUUUGGUAUUCAGGACCCUCUACGACCUGGGGUUACAGACUCCGUCCGUCAAUGUCAAAAGGCCGGCGUAUUUGUGAGGAUGGUGACGGGUGAUAACAUUAUGACUGCCAAAGCUAUAGCUCAAGAAUGCGGAAUUUUCACACCCGGGGGUAUUGCUAUCGAAGGACCCAAGUUCCGCCAGUUGAGCGAUCGUCAGAUACGUCAAAUUAUUCCCCGUUUGCAGGUUCUGGCAAGGUCGAGCCCCGAUGAUAAGAAGAUUCUGGUUACUCAACUUAAGAAGCUCGGGGAGACGGUUGCUGUCACUGGUGAUGGAACGAACGACGCUCAGGCUCUGAAGACCGCUGACGUUGGGUUUUCCAUGGGUAUCACCGGUACUGAAGUUGCAAAGGAGGCAUCAGACAUUAUUCUGAUGGAUGACAAUUUUGCAUCGAUCGUCAAGGCUAUGGCUUGGGGUAGGACUGUCAAUGAUGCAGUUAAGAAGUUUUUGCAGUUCCAAAUCACUGUCAACAUUACUGCAGUCUUGCUCACGUUCAUCUCGGCUGUGGCUAGUGGUGACGAAGAGUCGGUUCUGACGGCUGUCCAACUGUUAUGGGUUAACCUUAUCAUGGACACUUUUGCAGCCCUUGCUCUCGCAACGGAUCCUCCGACUGCUCACAUCCUCGACCGCAGACCUGAACCUAGAUCGGCACCCCUCAUCAAUCUGACGAUGUGGAAAAUGAUAAUAGGACAAAGCAUCUUUCAGCUGGUCGUCACCCUUGUUCUGAACUUUGCUGGAAAAUCGAUAUUUAAACUUCAUUCGGAGGAUGACAUGGAACGGCUCAAGACGACAGUCUUCAACACUUUCGUCUGGAUGCAGAUCUUCAAUCAGUGGAACUCUCGUCGAAUUGACAACGGUCUGAACAUCUUCGAAGGCAUUUUCCGCAAUCGUUGGUUUAUUGGUAUCCAAUUCAUCAUUGUUGGAGGUCAAGUCUUGAUCAUCUUCGUGGGUGGGCAGGCGUUCUCGGUCAAACCUCUGGUGGGUUACCAAUGGGGCGUUUCUCUAAUACUUGGCGUGAUUUCGCUGCCUAUCGGUGUUAUUAUUCGACUUAUUCCGGACGAGUUCGUUUCCAGGCUCAUCCCGAGGUUCUGGAUCCGCAAGAAGGGCCCCGAGCUUGUGGUUUCGGAUGAGGAUCGACGCUUCGAAUGGAAUCCUGCUCUAGAAGAGAUCAGAGACCAGCUAACUUUUCUCCACACUGUCCGCGGUGGCCGAUUGAGGAACUUGAAGCAUAAACUACAGCAUCCCCAAGAGCUCCUUCCUAGGUCGCGCAGUGGAUCACGGUCGAGAGAGGAUUCUAUUCCUUCGACCCCUGUUGGCGAGAACGGCGGUAGUUCACCCCAGCCUGCAACACCCGAGUCGCGCUCACGAAAGCGUACCCGAUCUCGCUCUAACUCUGCUUUCGGACCCGCUGCCGCCAUGGCCGGUGUGGUUGCUGGCAGUAUUGCGGGAUGGUCUCCGAUUGAAAGAGCUCCAGGCGAAAAUGAAUCGAUCGCCUUCAAUUCGAGCAGCCCUCACGGGGGGCUGGAUAACCAAGAGGGGAUUGAAAUUCACCCAGACACCGCAGCCGACGAGCGUCUCGUCGGAGAUUAUCUGUCUACUUCCAAGACUCCCCCGAGUCAGAACCCCGACCUGAUCCCAUACUUUGAACAUGCUCCUCCUGCCCGUGCACACUCUAGCCGUAGCAAACGGUCUACAUCAGGACGAUCCCGAUCUAGCCAGAGCCAGUCGCGACAAAGCUAG